AUGACAUGCUCCAUUUGCCGGUCCGUUUCAAACGUUCAAAAACCUGCAUGGAUCUUUAAAAAUGUUUCCAGUUACUCUCCAUGGAUGCAUCUUUGGUUGGCCACCUACGAUUCUUUCAGGAAGACAAUAACAUCCGAUGUUGAUGAGAAUGAUGAUGUGGGAGGCUUCAAUGAGGCUGAUGAGGAUGAAACGACUGUGAUGAUAUAUUCGCACUUGCCUGUGAAAUCAGAUGAGUCUACUAGAGUGGCUCCAUGCCGCCUGCUACAUUCCAUCACUUUCCAUUACCAUCAAAGAAUUUUCUGGUAUUCUGAUGCCAUAUCUAUGUGCAUUAUGUAA